AUGGACACGACCAUGUCGAGUCAAGAGCAGCAGCUCUGCGAGUUCCUGCGGGCUUUACCCACGACGCACCACUACCGCUACAAUGAAGCCGCCUCCCAGGACCUCCUCACCAGCCUCUUCUGGUGUCUCGCCGGAGGGAAGCCCGAAUACAUGAGACUGUUCUUUCCGAAUGGUAGCCCGGUUGUGGAAGGGAAAGUGCUGAAGCUCAAAGAGGCACAAGGAGCGGUUGAGGGUGCCGAGUACACAGAAGCCGCCCGCGGUAAGGCCUGCGGUCAUAUCUUCAAGGCCGGAGAAGCCUCCUACGGGUGCCGGACAUGCAGCACCGACGAUACCUGCUGCCUCUGCAGCAAAUGCUUCGAUGCGACCGAUCAUACCGGCCACAUGGUCCGAAUCAACAUCUCGAUAGGUAACAGUGGCUGUUGCGACUGUGGUGAUCCGGAGGCGUGGAAGAACCCAAUGUUCUGCACGAUCCACUCACACUGGGAACACGGGGAGUCGAAAGGAAAGGGAAAGGAGGCAGCAGGACUGCCAGAAGACCUGGUUACGAGCAUCAGAAUGACCAUCGGCCGAGUGCUCGACUACAUGUGCGAUGUCAUUUCCUGCGCGCCCGAACAACUGCGACAGACGAAGACGGCUGAGUCUAUCAAGCAAGAUGAGAAGAUGUCUAGACUCUCCUCAACAUAUGGGCCGAUUGACAACGACGAUGACCCUGAAGAAUAUGCUAUUUUGCUGUGGAAUGACGAGAAACACACCGUCGUCGAGGUACGAGAUCAGGUUGCAAGGGCUUGUCGUGUACCCCUGAGAGAAGGUCUGGAGAGGGCUUAUGAGACUGAUGCCAUUGGCCGGACCAUUCUAAAAUACGAUGAAAGCAUAGAAAGGCUGCUGGAGGUCGCCAACAUCUUGGAGCAAAUCCGGGUAACCGUUACUAUCCGUUCGUCUCGCGAUACGUUCCGAGAGCAGAUGUGCGGUUCGAUGAUUGAAUGGCUUAGCGACAUCUCUGGGUGCAGUGUUGGCCAUGAUCACUUCAUCCUACGACAAAUAGUCUGCCAAGAGCUCCUGAAACCCUGGAGGAGGGGUAGCCCAGCCAGCCAUGCUAUUGUCGGGAAGAACGGUAUCGAUGAUGAAGAUCUUCUCGAACAGCGUGAUGACAGAGAAAUAGUCACCCUUGCACACAUGAGAAUUCUUGCACAGGCUAGGGUUGCUGCUCAAACUGUGGAGGUCGUCGACGAUAGCGACGACGAUGACGCAGACAUGGAAGGUGGCAACAGGACUCCGUCAAGUGGGGAGAUAGACGAGGACGAAGAUGACGACGAUGUCAUGAUGGUGGACGCUCGGGCUGAUGUGGCUGGAGACGUGAACAUGUCUGACUGGAGACAAGGUGGCCCUGACACAGCGCUCGAAGAAGACGAGGCAACCAUGGCGGGCUAUCUCCCUCCUCCACCUCCUCCACCAGCAGCCCCCCGCCGGAAUAUGCGUGAUCGUGAUCUCACACCUUCCGAUUCCGAUACCGCGGAACCUUUAAUAGCGCCAACCGUUUAUGCUAAGGCAAACCUCGAGAUACCCAAGACGCCAGGCGUGGCACAAGAUGAGAAGUCGUCACCCCCAAAACCAGGCCGAUAUUGGCUUGGAUCUCCUGCAGCCUACAUGGAACGAGAGAAUGUGCCGCCGUCAGAGGAUCUGUUCCAAAGAGUUCGUCUUGACUGGAUGAUUCUCUUCGACCUACGAAUGUGGAAGAAGGUCCGCAACGAUCUUCGUUCGCUGUACAUCUCCACCGUUGUCUCUAUUCCUGAGUUUAAACGUGUACUUGGGCUGCGUUUUGCUGCCUUGUACACAACAUUAGCCCAGCUCUAUCUUAUCGCCGACCGCGAGCCCGACCACUCUAUUAUCAACAUCUCCUUACAAAUGCUUACUACGCCGUCUAUUACUGCUGAGGUUGUGGAAAGGGGCAACUUCUUAACGAAUCUAAUGGCCAUUCUAUAUACCUUCCUGACAACGCGACAAGUUGGACAUCCCUGGGAUGUGUCAUCAACAGCGGUGCUUGCAUUCGACACCGGCUCUGUUACCAAUCGGCGCAUGUACCACUUCUUCCAGGACCUGAAGUAUCUCUUCGGGUCGCCUCACGUUCAAGAGCGCCUCCGAACGGAGGAGAGAUACACAAUGCAGUUCCUCGACUUGGUGAAGCUUCAUCAGGGCAUAUGUCCCAAUGUGCGCGCCAUUGGCGAACAUGUCGAGUACGAGACCGACACUUGGAUAAGUGCCUCAUUAAUUACUCGCGAGAUAAAUCGUCUAUGUCGUCAAUUCUCCCAGUCAUUCAGCAAUCUCAAGGAUCAGGACUCACUUUGUGUUUCUCGAGCCAUUCGGCUCGCUGCAAAGAGUGUUAUUAUGAAUUCGAUUGGUGCUGAGCGGUCACGCUUUAGCCAAGCUGAAAUCAAAGACGAAGUACGGUUCAAGACCCUUGCUGAUUUUGAAUUUGACGGCGGUUCAUCUAAGUAUGAAGUUGUAAAAUUCGUGGUGGAAGAGCAACCAAUUAGUUUCCACCAUGCACUCCAUUACACGCUAUCUUGGCUCAUCGAGUGUGGGAAGUCGAUGACAAGGGAACAGUUACGCGCUCUCCUAAGUUUCACGACACAAGAGCUUAAGAUGAAGCCACACUCGAUGGGACGAAAGAUAAUGCCCAGGCGCGACUAUACCCCUGAAGACUAUCUUAUGGCAGCAUUUGACUAUCCUCUUCGUGUGUGCGCAUGGCUCGCCCAGAUGCGCGCGGGAAUGUGGGUUCGCAAUGGCAUGAGCUUACGACAUCAGGCAGGAACAUAUCGUGGUGUUAUGCAGAGAGACGUCUCACAUCAUAGGGACAUUCUGCUGCUGCAAACCGCGUUGGUUAUUUGUGAUCCUAGCCGAGUCCUCGCCUCGGUUAUCGACCGAUUUGGCAUGGAGAAAUGGGUCAAGGGUUUCUUUGAACAGAAGUCGACGGCUCAAGAUGACGCCCAACAUCUCGAUGUCAUUGAGGACAUGAUACAUCUCCUCAUUGUGUUGUUAAGCGACAGAGCUUCACUCAUCCGAACUGAAGACGAGCCCGAUGGCCAGAUACUAGCUAUGCGCCGGGAUAUUACUCAUGUACUCUGCUUCAAACCUCUUUCGUUCUCCGAAAUUUGCAAUAAGCUACCGGAUAAAUUCCAGGAGCAGGAAGAGUUUCAUCGGGUGCUGGAUGAGAUGUCAACCUUCAAAGCUCCUGAAGGAAUUUCUGAUAUCGGUACAUUCGAGUUGAAGCCACAGUACAUCGAAGACGUCGACCCCUACAUUGCCCAUUACAACAAGAAUCAACGAGAAGAGUCCGAAAUGGCCUAUCGAAAGUGGAUGGCAAAGAAGACCGGCAAACCGGUUGAAGACAUUGUGUAUGAGCCCAAACUCCGUCCGAUUCCAGCCGGUGUGUUCACUGGUUUGGCGGAUUUCACUAACACGGGCAUGUUUGCCCAAAUAAUCUACUACUCGCUCCUCUACCCCCUUGUCUCACAACGACUUACGCCCAAUGUCCCCUUCACGCGGGUGGAGACCUUCCUCCAGGUAGUGCUCCACCUUCUUCUGAUCGCAAUUACAGAGGAUAAAGCACGCGAAGAAGAUCCAUCUCAGCCAUCAUUCAUCCACCUUGCGCUCACACAAAUAGCAAGGAGCAACUUCAUGCCUGAAGCGCCAGGAGCAAAGACCAUUGUGGCUCUUCUUGACAUGAUGUCAACGAAGGAGAAUCUCAAGACAUGCCAUCCAAAGAUUGCACUCAUCCUGAAGAGAAUGCGCCAAAAACGCCCCCGCGACUUUGAAGCUGCCUACAUGCGACUUGGUGUGCCAGUGGACCGCAUCAGUACCGCAUCUCCAGCGAACGCUGCGAAUGCGGAUGAGGAACGUGAGAGAAAGAAGAGAGCAGCUCUAGACCGCCAAGCCAGGGUAAUGGCGCAGUUCCAGCAACAACAGAAAAGCUUCAUGGCCAACCAAGUUGACAUAGACUGGGGCGAUGUUGAUGAUCUCGAGGAAGACGAGCUUCCAGAGCCCGAAGAGAAGAAGAACUUUUGGAAAUACCCGACUGGAACCUGCAUUCUUUGUCAGGAAGAUACCGAUGACCGCCGGCUCUAUGGCACAUUCGCAUUUCUUAGAGAGAGUCGAAUAUUACGCCAGACAGAUUUCCAGGAUCCUGACUUCGUUCGCGAGGCGGCUAAUACCCCCAGAAACCUCGAUCGAUCAGCUGAAAACAUCAGGCCUUUUGGUAUUGCCCAUGAGAAUCGUAAGAUAGUUCAAAAAGUCAACGCCGCAGGCGAAACGUUUGAGGCAGAACGACAAACAAUUGGCAAGGGAUUUCCUUACAAAUGCAUUAGACCCGGCCCAGUUUCCAUUGGCUGUGGUCACAUAAUGCAUUACAGCUGCUUCGAGAUCUAUUUCGAAGCGACAAUCCAACGACACAAGCAGCAAAUUGCUCGCCACCACCCCGAAUUUACAGAGCGUCAGGAGUUCGUGUGUCCGCUGUGUAAGGCUCUUGGCAAUGCAUUCUUGCCAAUCAUCUGGAAGGGUCGCGAAGAGUCAUAUCCUGGUGUACUCAACUCAGAUGAUGCGUUCGCAAGUUUCUUAGAUGAAGAGAUAACCCAAGCAGCUUAUGCUCUCGGCAAUGAGAGUCCUGCCGACAAAACCUCACAAAUCGUCUUCGCUAGACAUACGAAAUCUAGUUUGCUUCCGAAUCUGGCAGAGAAGGCAUCCCAACUAGUAGCUGAGGCUUGGGGUUCUGCAUCGCCGUCCCGAUCAAGUGGUACCCCGUUCAGUGACAGCUUUGGCGGUAUCUCGACUCCAGACUCUAGUGGACGAUCCGGUUCAGUGCCAGCUGAUGGAAGCAAUUCUAUGACGGAGCUCGUGACGGUCUAUCGCCGUCUCAGGGACACCGUGAAGAAGAAUGAGCUAGUGAGCAGUCAUAUACAUGAGCAGGACGAGAAUGAGAACGAUCUGAGCCACAGCGAUGUAUUAGCUCACGCUGUGGGCUUUUCCAUAUCAGCUGUCGAGAUUCAGCAGCGUGGCAUCGAUUCUGAAUACGGCUCCACGCUAUUGGAGAAGAUUCCUGAACAGGUGUUGACACAUCUCCGGAUUCUCGCUGAAACCGUCGAAUCGUACAUUGCUAUCGGUGGCCAGAAGUACGGUGGCGAUAAUCGAAUUAGUACCGAGUUUCGACGGGACAGUGAACGCCAACAUUGCCAACUUUUUAUCGGUCAAUACUUUGGUAAGGAGACCGAUAACGCUCGCCGCCCUGUGGAGGCGUACAAGCCACUUCUGAGUCUUGACCCUUUCGUCUUCCUGUGUGAAAGCGUAUUUGGUGUUUCACAAGCUCAUGGUAUCGAGAUCCCGAACCUGUUACGGCUUUGCUAUCUAGCAGAGAUUGUGAAGGUCGUGUAUCACAUGGGACGCAAUCAGCCCGCUGCCCAGUGGAUUCCACAUUUCAUUAACCGCCAAAACGCCGAUCCUGCAUUGAACAACUUCGCCGAAUUCUGUCUAUCCAUUGCCACCAUUGACAUGAACAAUGUGGCUCAGUUCAAUGGUUCGUGGCAACCUCAUGGCGACAACAAGGGCUUCGAUCAGCCCGGUUUCGAGUCACUGCAAGGGUACUAUAACCUUGUCAAGAAAUAUGCUCUGGCGUUCUUGCGAAAGUCUGUGGUCCUUCUUUAUGUCAAGUACGGCGUAGACUUCAACAGCCAUAUCUCUCCCAACCCAGAACAAGACGAAUUAGAGCGACUCACGGAGACCCUGCGUGUGCCAUCUUUUGAUGAGAUGUGCACCUCACUAACAUCUUUUGGGAGCAAUUAUGGAUGGCCUUCAAGCACACACGGGCUAGUCGACGGUUGGAUCAAACAUGAGAUCGUUGGCAAGCAGAAGCAUGACUUCCCGCCGGCCUCCGCGCUUGUCAGCCACCCAGGCAUCUUCGAGCUGGUAGGCUUACCUAAGAACUACGACUAUCUCAUCGAGGAAUGCACACGUCGACGCUGCCCAACAACUGGCAAGGAUAUUUCAGAUCCGAUGAUAUGUCUUCUCUGCGGAGACGUCUUCUGUGGUCAGGGCAUCUGCUGUCUCGCGGAGGAGCCGCGCUCUCGAGGCCGGUCUUCUAGGCGAAUCGGUGGGGCGCAGCAGCACAUGAGAGUAUGCCAGAAGAACGUCGGCAUGUUCAUCAAUAUUCGCAAGUGUGCCGCGUUCUAUUUGCACCGCACCUCAGGGUCGUGGAGCAACGCGCCAUACAUCGAUAAGUACGGCGAGAUGGACAUGGGACUACGUCACGGGCGCCAACUAUAUCUCAACCAGAAGCGCUACGACAGCAUGCUGCGCAACAUGUGGCUAAGUCAUGGGGUUCCGAGCUUCAUCAGCAGGAAGCUGGAGGCGGAUAUCAACAAUGGUGGAUGGGAGACGAUCUAG